UAAUUAUUUUACGUGAAUUAUAAUGUCAAUCUGCAAUGAGUUGUUACUUAACUCUGUUAUAGAUAUCUCUUGUUGAGCUAAAGAUAUUUUUUCAAUAAUUUGCUUUGUUUCAUACCAAUACGAUUUUGGCUUGCGAAAGGUGGGAGUGAGGUCUUUUGUAGCUUUAUAUUGGUGGGGAGUGGUAGGAGGUGAUGUGUGUGCAGGCAAUAUUUUAUUCUCAAUUGAUCGUAUUUUAAUGCCAUCCUUGUAUACCACUUCUUUUAAAAUCUCUAUCUUUUGCUUUUCUGGUUGCUCUUUAUCAAUUGCUAAUUUAUGCUUUAACUGUUCCUUCCAUCGUUGACGUUCCAUCUAAAACCAAGUUUCACAAAAUAAAUACGGUUAACAAUAGACAAUCUUGUCAUGAGCAAUUAGUAAAACAGUGCAAAUUUUUUAUAAAGUCAAGAAGAGUUUGUAUAGUAGCUAUUAUCUCAUAUGUUAAAAUAAAAGCUGCACUUCUUCUUCUUUCGUGUCAAUGGCAACCAAAACUAAAUGUCAAAGCUGCACUAAAGUUUUAAAACUCUAAUAUCAGGUUUUGUUGGGACGCCUCGCUCCCCACAAGAUAGAAAGAAGACCACCUUAUUAAUCUUCAAUCAGUCUGUCGCAGCAGGUACAUUUAUCAGGGUUCCGUAUCCAAAUAGCAAAAAACGUUAUGUCUGUCUGUCCGUCCAUAUGUCACAGCCACUUUUUUUCCGAAACUAUAAAAGCUAUAUUGUUAAAACUUGGUAAGUAGAUGUAUUUCUUGACCCGGAUUAAGAUUUUCACUCAAAAAUAGGAAAAAGUAAUUUUUGGGGGUUCCCCAUGCAUGGAACUGAAACUUAUUUUUUUUUAUCAAACUCAUACGUGUGGGUUAUCUAUAGGUCUUUAAAAAUUAUAUUGAGGUUUCUAAGAUCAUUUUUUUUCUAAACUGAAUAGUUCUCGCGAGAGAAACUUCCGAAGUGGUAAAAUGUGUCCCCCUCCCCUGUAAGUUCUAAAAUAAGAGAAUGAUAAAAAAAUAAAUAGAUGAUGUACACAUUACUAUGUAAACUUUCAUUGAAAAUUGGUUUGAACGAGAUCUAGUAAAAAGUUUUUUUUUUAUAAAUAGUACGGAACCUUUCGUGCGCACUUGGUCAGUUUUCAUUAGUAAUAUCAUUGAAGGAUAUUUUUCCGCGGUAAAAAGUAGCUUUUCAAGGUCCUAGCCUAAAUUCAUCAAAAUCAUUUCAACCGUUUUGCCGAAUACCAAAAUAAUAAUAUACAUUAUCCUAUUUAUAAUAUUAGUAGGGAUAAAGCUAUUAUUACUAUGAAAAUGUUUAGUGUUUGUCAAUAGGUACUUAGAACAAAAUUUACCUUUUCUAUAAGUGUUAGGCACUUCUGAUACAAAUUGUACUGCACCGUCUAUAGCUAUCUGAAAAAAUAAGAAGAAUAAAUUAAUGAUAGACUACCUUUUUUACCCAAUCACUAAGCGACAACCUAUCAAAUACAUUAGAACUAGUCUUAUAUUUGAGUGAGUUUUCAAAACAUCACUAACUUUCUAUAACACAUAUAUUAGGCUCAGGCUUUAUUUUAACUAACAAAAACUUUUUUUCAAUAACACAAACACGCUUUCUCAAUAUCGACGUCCUCGCAUAACUGUCGCGCGAUCGGAAUGGUGUACUCAGAGAAUACAUCGGGCUGGGGGAAGGGGGCGGGUCUGGUUAGAAUGGUGUAUUGAUCACUGUACACAAAAUUAAAUUCUAUUCUUACGAUGUAACAAAGAUUUUCACUAUUAAUUAAAUGUUUGAUUUGUAGUAACUGUUCGAUAAACACACACCAGUUCGAACUAUACUGCUGUAUCUUUGGCAACGUAAAAUUUUUGAGCGGCUGAAAUGCUGUAUCUCUUAAAAAUCUACAUUCGCAAUAGAAAAAUAAUGUUGUAACUAUUUCUCAUUCUGGACUUAUUGUCGUAUCUAUUUUACUUUCGAAAGUUGCGAUUUUGCGUCUUUUACAGCAAUUUAUCGUAUAAACAGCAGAAAAUCUACAAAAAAGUCAACGGCGUAUCAUUUUUUUUUCAUCGUAGAAAGACGAGACAUAUACCAUUCGACGCGGCUUUUUUUUUUCUUAUCGACAAUACACUUAAAGGCCAAUAUUCGAGUUACAACACUUCCGCUUUCUGCCGUCGAUAUUAUUGUUUAUCACGGUUACGCUGUUUUGUGAACAACUUAAUUGAAAUAAUUUGUGUAGUGAGACAUGGUGGGGGAUUCAGAUGCGGAGUGGCACGUGCAGCAGGCUCCGCGUGCUCCAAAUAUUGCUAAGUACGCACCUGUUUGAAGUUAAUGAAAACUAAUGUAAGACUUUAAUGUAAUUGUUCCUGUGCAUAUGUAAACAUACUUUUUCAGACGUAAACGCUCGAUCCGAGCUAUAAGUAGUCAAGUGGACGCUUUGUUAGCCAAAUUAGAAUCAAACACUUUUAUGGUCACAAGGCGGUUCACCAGACUACAAAGUCGCGAGAAUUUUGACGCGGCGUGGAAAUUUGGCUAAGGAGUUAAACCGUCAUGAUAACGGGUCAACAGAAACGCCAGAUGACGGUUUGGCGAGAUCUAAAAAGUAGAGCCUGCACAAAGGCAGCAAAAUUAAAAAAAGAAAAGGCCCAAACAGGAAAACAGGACAUCGAUACCCUUCCUCUGACUGAAGUGAAAAGGCGAAUUGUGUCAUUAGUCGGGGCAGAUUAUACUGGGGGUACUAAUUGCCCUGACUCAAUUGCCAGAAAUAGUGGUAUUGAAGUACAAGAUAUUGCAGAAAAUAUAGCUCCAACAGUAGCAAUGCCCAGCAUUACAGAAUCCUUACAACCAUCCACAUCACAGUCCCCUCCAAUAUGUAAGUUUAUUUUUGUUAAUAAAUGACUAACAUCCACUUAGCCUUAAAACAACUGCAGCAAUGAACAUGUGUGAAGUACAUUUUAACUUUUUUUAUUUUAUUGCAUUAGAUCUACAUUUUAAUCUCACAAAUCUUAAGUUCACAAUUUUUUUAAUGGUGAGAAUAAGCCACAAUAAAAAUCUGUAAAUAUUUAUCUGUACAGAAUGAAAUAAAUGCUUGUGUAAUACAAGGUGUUAG